CACAAUGCUAUUGGCUGGCCAGUAGGCUGGCUCAAUCAUCACCCGCGGAAGUUUGUAUUGAGAGAAUCUGAGAGCUGUCAGUUAUUUUUUAAAAAUACGAUUUUUUCCGGCACGAAUUUUGUCGUUUUGCGUGUUGCCUCGAGAACGAAGACGAAAAGACAAAGAGAUAAUUACUUUUAAAGGAUGAAUUUAGCAUCGAGUACAUGAAGCCUGCACGAAGCGCUAGCACCUUACUGCUAAUAGUAUUGUGUAGCUUGUUGUUAAUUUAAUAAUAAAAAAAUUAUCGCUCGUCAAUUUCAUAACCCGCCUAGGAAAGGAUCACAAAACUAUUUAAGCUGCAAUUUAGCAGCUGGCUUGCUUUUAUUAUAAGGUUAGUGUCAGCAUUGUUAUGUAUUGUUUUGAUUAGCAUGCUAAUCUAGUUUGCAGCGCGAGCUAGCAUUUAUCAUUCUGGAUUUACAUCAAAUCAACAUCACGCUUCAUACAUCAUAAUUAUAGUGUAAUUUUCUGUCAUCUUCACGCGGCAAGGACUGUACCAAAACAGAGGUUCAUCAUGCUGGGAGAUUGUGGCAUGAAAGAGUGGGAGAGACGAGCGCUCAGGAAGAACUCUGUUACAAUUCUGCAGGAUUUAGUGGUGGAUGAUCUGCUGAUCCAGUGUCUGCAACAAGAUGGAAUCCUUACAGAAAACAUGUCUGAAACCAUUAUGGCUAAACCGACAUCCCAGGGAAAGAGUCGUCAUUUGUUGUUUCUUUUGCCUAAACGUGGCCCUCAAGCAUUCAGCAGCUUCUGUGGUGCUCUUACGGCAACAGAGCAACAGCAUCUCUGCAGACUGCUCAUGGACUUCACUGAGAAAGACAAAAGCUUUUCAGAGCCAUUGCUGUCCUUUCCAACUCAGGAAUGUGUAAUACCUGCGAAAAGAGCCCGGACUCAUGGGUCCAUGGAGAUGUGUUUGGAUGCCGACUCUCCCGUGACCACAGCUGUUCUUCCCUGCACGCCGGAUUUUUACCAGUCCCAUAGAUCACAGGCUUACCCGAUGCGCUCCUGCCCACGAGGACUGGCCUUGGUACUGAGUAACAUGAGGUUUGAUUCAGCUAACAAUGAGUUAGAUGUCCGAAGGGGAGGAGAGGUGGAUGAAGAGACGCUGAGAAGACUUUUCAUGGAACUGGAUUUCACAGUCAGCCUCCACAAAGACCUAACAGCAGAGGCAAUGCGUAGUUGCCUAGAGCAGUUUGCCCAGCGGCGGGAACAUGCACAGUAUGACUGCACUAUUGUGUGUUUACUGUCACAUGGAGUUGAGGGAUCUGUCUAUGGCACUGAUGGACAGCUGCUGGAGUUGGACUGGGUGUUUGAGGUAUUUGAUAAUGCCCGCUGCCCUCUGCUCCAGAAUAAGCCAAAGAUGUUCUUCAUUCAGGCUUGUCGAGGAGAGGAGAUGGACAAUGGUGUGGACCAGUUGGAUGGUCAGGAACGGACUCAGUCUCCAGGCUGUGAACAGGGGGAUGCUGGCAGAGAGGGGGAAAGAGAUGACAAACAGAGGGAGGAGAAUGACAGGGAGAGACUGAGAGUCAAACUGCCCCAGAGAUCCGACAUGAUCUGUGGCUUUGCCACCCUCAAAGGUUUCAGCACUGCUGCAAUGAGAAACACCAAGAAAGGGUCUUGGUUCAUUCAGGAACUGAAUAGCGCAAUCCGACAGAGGGCCAACAACACACACCUGGCAGACAUUCUUGUGCAGGUAAACAGUCGAAUUAAAAGCAGAGAGGGAUACGCACCCGGUUCAGCCCAUCAUCGCUGUAAAGAGAUGUCAGAGUUCACCAGUUCCCUUUGUAAAGACCUCUACCUUUUCCCUAAGUACUACCCCAACAACUAGACACACGCACACACACAC